AUGACGGGGCAAGAAAGCGGAAUCGACUCUUCCGAUAUGCAACGUCUGUCGCAAGCAAUUCGACCACGCCAGGACUGCGAACUCUCGGUCUGGAGCGGAUGGGGACCCUGCUCGGCCAUUUGUGCUUCUCAUAAGCCCGGUGUGCAGUGGCGCUUCAGGCACAUCAAACGACCGGCCCGACAGGAGGGCAAGCCCUGUGGUCUUUUGUACGAGAAACGAGAAUGCAUAGAGACCAAAUGCUAG